CGUCACAGCUCUAAAGGCACAGACGAUGUGGGUCACCCGUGUGGUCAUCGCUUCAGUUUACGGUGCGAUCAGCGUUUUGGGGCUAAUCGGUAACAUCACGCUCAUCAAGACGUUCUGCUCUGCCAAUUACAUCCGCAAUGUGCCCAAUAUCUUCAUGUCCAGUCUCGCACUCGGGAAUGUUUUACUGCUGGUGACCUGGGCUCCAGUCGAUGCCAGCCGCUAUGAGGAGUGGCUGUUCGGGAGAGUGGGCUGUAAAGUCAUCCCCUUCAUUCAGCUCACCUCUGUUGGGGUGCAUGUGUUCACUCUCACUGCUCUCGCUGCUGACAGGUACAAGGCCAUCGUGAAGCCCCUGGACAUGCGAACAUUAAGCACCACCACCUGCAUUGUCCUGCGUGUGGCACUCAUCUGGCUCCUCUCCUUGGUCCUGGCUAUCCCCGAGGCCGUCUUCUCUGACCUCCACACCUUCAACGUCCCCUCCACCAAUGAGAGCUUCGUCACCUGCGCCCAUGCAAGGGAACUGCACCCCAAGAUCCACUCCAUGGCCUCCUUCCUCAUUUUCUACAUCAUGCCCCUGCUGGUCAUAUCUGUGUACUACACAUUCAUCGCCCGGAGCCUGAUGAGGAGCGCCUCAAACCUGACUGUGCAGGGUUUUUUCUACACCCAACAGGUCAAAUCAAGAAAGCGCUUAGCCAGGACAGUGCUGGUGUUUGUUGGUCUCUUUGCAGUGUGCUGGCUUCCCUGUCACGUCAUCUACUUAUACCGCUCCUAUCACUACUCGCAGGUGGACACUUCCCUGGUUCACUUUGUGUGCAGCGUCGUCGCUCAUAUCCUGGCCUCCACCAACGCCUGCCUCAACCCAUUUGCCCUUUACCUCCUGAGUGACAACUUCCAGAAGGAGUUCAAUCAGCAGCUGUGCAGCUGCUCAGAGAGCCCCACUCAUAACAUGCAUGUGACAUAUGUCUGCAACACACGUCACUCCGGCCUGAGCAUGAUCAACCUGAGACAGGUCUAUCCGGAGGAUUGCAUGUGA